ACCUACUAUACUGUGCCUGUCUCAGUAGUCGAUAAGUAGUCGAUACACGCUUCUAGUUACAUCCGCGUCCGUCUAGGAUGAUCUUCAGUGACGCAUAGUAGUUGGCAACAAUCAGCAGGACUAACUGCCUCAUAUCUCCAUACCUACGAACCCCCACUCGAUACACUUAUUUUAUCCCGUGGAUGGUCAUCCUAGGCCGUCUUAUAUAGUCAAGAUGCUACACUAUCUUCGGUUGAACUCACUGAUACUUCUCACCCUUCGUGGGCUAACUCUAUUACCCACAACAUGUGCCAAGGACACGCAUUACAUUAGCGGGACGAGCCUAGAUGGGAUCACGACGAGGCUGGCGCUCGACAGAACACCUGCCUUAUACACAGGCGAUUUUGGUGAUUGUCUCGGGGGUCAGAGCUUGCUGAACGUGACCAAAUUCGACGCUGCCUUCUAUUACGAUAAUUCCACCAUUCUCUUCCAUCUCGACGGCACUACAAAUAUCAGGAAUGAGAGUAUUAUGCUAUAUAUAUCUGUGGAAGCCUAUGGCGAAAGCAGGUUUUCGAUGACGGUAAACCCGUGCAACGUGAACAUAUACAGUAUGUGCCCCCUGAGUACCGAACAACCGGUCGAGGCUUUCGCUUUAUUCCCGAUUGGCCCUCAACAGGUGUCUGGCAUCCCACAGAUCGCAUACGAGGUUCCCGAUAUCGAGGGCUAUGCAAGAAUCCAGAUUUUUGCCAACUCAAGUCAAACCGAGAUUGGAUGCUUCCAAGCAGUUAUGCGGAACGGCAAUUCGUUCUCGCAACCAAAGUCGGUCAGUGCCGUCUUAGGAAUAUUUACCGCCGUAGCCAUAAUAGCGUCGUUUGCAACAGCAGCAUAUGGUGUAAGUAUUCCUCACAUGAGAAGUCACUACGCCCACAGUUUAUCCAUACUCGUCAUAUUUGAGACUUUUCAGUCAAUAUUCUUCUCUGGCGCAUUGUCACUGCCCUGGCCGAGCGUACUCCCAGCCUGGUGGAGCAACUUUGCGUGGGCGGCUGGUUUAAUAUCAAGUUCGAACGUGGUGCGCUCCCUCGACAUCUUUGUUGGCGUCAGCGGCAAUGCAAGUCAGGUUGGAGGUGCCGGUUCUACCAUCAUCAACAACCAAGGAGGACUUACCCAACAGAUCUAUGGCCGUUCGCUCAUGUCGAACGUAACAACCCAAGCAUUCGACAAGCGAGUUCCAGAAACUGUUCGAGAUAUUGUCAAGGCUCUAGCUAGGAGGGAGCCCUACAACCCAAACGACCCCUAUGACUACAACUGGAAUGGCGAUCCGGUACAGCCAGGGAUGCCCUUGCCUGGGGAUUGGACCGGCUUCGCGGGUGAACUGGCAGAGCUGGGCAUUCCUGGUCCAAAUGCAUUCAUGGUUGGUAUAGUGUGGCUAUUAGUCGCCCUAGGGCUCGUGGUUAUCUUCAUAGUCGCCUUAAAAUAUUCCCUUGAAGGGCUAGCAAAGAUGAGGUGGAUUAAGCAGGACCGCCUCGAAUAUUUUCGAUUCCACUGGACUGGUUAUUUGAGCGUUGCUAUACUAAGAACGCUCUUCCUUGCUUUCUUCUCUAUUGCAACACUUGCGAUGUUUCAAUUUUCCGUACGUGGCUCGGCCGGACCUACUUCGAUAGCAGCAAUUGUAUUCGUCAUCUUCAUUCUCGGUAUAGGAGGAUUAGUACUAUACGCUCUUCAUUUUAGGUUACGUUUCAGCACAUUUUCAGCGGAUCCUGACCGCAUCUUGCUGCGUACGCGGAAGAUAUUUGGCCGUCUUCCCUGCGUCUUCCCGGUGCGUAUUAGCCAACUAAAAGAAGAGGAAUUGGGCGAGAAGCCGGUCGGAUCCUGGCCAUUUAUUCGUUGCCAUUUCGUGGACAACGACCCCAAUCGAAAGAAUAUCCACCAGGAUGAGGAGUACAUAAAAAGGUUUGGCUGGCUGUCGGCACGUUACCGACUCUCGAGAUGGUGGUUUUUUGCCUUUUGGCUGGCGUAUCAGUUUGUUCGAGCUUGUUUCCUGGGAGGUGGUGCGGGCAACCCACUCGCCCAAGUUUUUGGGCUAUUCAUUGUCGAUAUUCUUGCGUUCGUCAUCAUUGCAGCACUUAAUCCAUAUGAAGGGCAGCGCAAUACGGCCCUAGCCGUUUGGCUUCUAGGUCUUACUCGAGUGGCGACAACCGGGCUUUCGAUUGCUUUCCUCCCCGAUUUCAACCUCAGUCGUAUUGUAGCUACAGUUAUUGGAGUCAUCAUUAUCGUGAUUCAAGGCCUUCUUACAAUUGCGGUGAUGAUUCUAAUAAUCAUUGGAGGCAUCUCGUCUUGGAUGUCACUAUCCCGAAACCGCGAAUAUUUCAGCUCGGAAAUGCUCGAAGGGGUCCGUAUUCGGUACUUUGAACACAUAGCUCAGAGGGCUACCGAUGAGACCCCUCCACCAAAAUCAAAAUCGAAGACAGGCCCAAAACCUGAUUCUUCGAACGGGUGCCCAGAGCUCCCGAAAGAGCCUUAUUUUACUGUCACCUCAGUGCGACGAGCCCCCAAGAUUGAAGAUGAAGGGGAUGACUACCUACCUGAGAUCAACUCAGUUGAUGCUGCUAGUGGUGCAACGUCCACUCCUAGCCUUAUGAGGAGAGCCGGUCGCUCUACUAGCAUCAGUUCACGGCACUCGGCGAGUAAUCUACCUCGUGGCGCUCGAGUUCAUCGUGCUUCAUGGAGUCCCAGAGACUUCUCUCAGGGGGAACAACUAGACCAGGAUCGGCCCACUGCUCUUGCGCAGCAAACGAGUGAUAGUUCAGGUCAUAUUGGGGUCAACUCCCCAAAUAUUGCAGCCAUUUUACAAGGGCAACCAUUCGCUAGUAACCUUCAAACAGUAGCGACGAUCACCGGAAGCAAGCCAUUUACUAAAGAAGUCCCCGAGGUAGAAUCAGGUCUACGCGAGGCUGAGGAAAUUGAAAAGGAUGCGGAAAACGCUUGUCUGGAGGACUCUCAGUAGUCAUGGGAAUCUUCAGACAACUCCAGGGUGGUACUUAUGAAAUGAUUAUUGGAUACCCAUCCAUGACGCAUCCACAUUCACCCCAAUAGCUUGUACCACUAUUCCCCUUGCGCAAUUUGACCC